AUGACGUCUCCGUUUCGCGCAGCGCCCUGGCGCACCACCCAAUGCCUAUCCCGCCAAACUCUCCGCGCUCCUCCCCGUACCCGCUACCUCUCCACCACGAACUGCCUUCGAUCAACCAAGAAUGGUGCCACAAACCCUCUCCGUUCUCGGUCCGCUGAGAACCCCAGCGGGGACCUGAAAGACGCCAAAUACCGCAGAUCCGUUAUCUGGUCUGCAGCUGGCAUUGUUGCCAGUGCAGCGGCAAUGUACGGAGUGAUUAAGCUGGAUCUGUUCGGCUUGGAUGAGCUUGAAGCCGGCAAGAACGGCAAGGCUGUCUCCAAACCGCAUGAAGCUACAGUUGUAACUUCAGAGAGUCGCGCCAUGAAAAUGGAUGGUCCCCCUGGAUUCCCUAGUGAUGGUGGUCCUUCUGUGAUCCCAAUUCAAGGCCAGGAUAACAUCUCGCAAAUCGCGACCGGCAACAGUUCAGUUCCUUAUUUCCCCACCACUAUUCGAUUGCCCUCAAUUACCGGGACCGACAACAAGAAGCCCGGAGACCAGGUCUCCACCUCCGAUGGAGAUGAAUACCAGCUGUUGGGUCUAGGAAUUCGCACUGUCUCGUUCCUAUCGAUCCAGGUGUAUGUUGUUGGACUCUACGUUGCCAAGUCGGAUAUCACGGAGCUACAGCAACGUCUCGUGCGCACCGCUGUUCACCCCCCUGUCGCAUCGUCGGAUGAAAUGGCUGCUAUCUCUGGCGUUGGCGCGGACUCUGCCACAUCUUUAGUUCCUCCGGAGCGCCAACAGUUGAAGGAUCUGCUUAUGGAUCCCGAGCAUGGUGAUGCCGCCUGGACGGCUUUGAUCAAGGACGAUGGCAUCCGGACCGCAUUCCGAGUUGUGCCUACGCGCAACACUGAUUUCUUGCACUUGCGUGAUGCUUGGGUUCGUGGUAUCACUGCCCGCGCCCAGCUGAACAAGGCUGGUACUGAAUCCCAAGACCCGGCCUUUGGAUCUGCAAUCAACGAAUUUAAAGCCAUUGUCGGUGGUGGUCAGGCCAAGAAUAUUCCCAAGGGCCAGGCGGUUGUUCUUCUCCGCAAUGCCCAUGGUGCCCUUGAUGCGCUGUUCCAACCCGACCCCAAGGCGACCCACUGGAUGGGUCGUGUCUCUGAUGAACGAAUCAGCCGAUUCGUAUGGCUCAACUAUCUAGCUGGAAAGAAGGUCUCCAGCGAGGGCGCGAGGGCUAGCAUUGUUGACGGACUCAUGACUGUUGUUGAGCGACCUGUCGGAACUUUGGUGCAGCGCGUCAUCUAA